UUAAAAGGAAACGAUUAGGACCCCUUGACUGUUUCAUUUCCAUUAAUUGUCUCGUACAACAAUAUCAAGCACCCCCUGCGGAGAGCUGAUAACGCGCGCGGGGUGAAUGAUAACACAUCAGACAACGGCACCUAUUCACUCCUAUCGCGCGACAACCUCCGCCACGCGUGGAGUCCUGAGUGAAAACCGAUCUGUGGAAAAUUGGGGAGGAAAUAGCCUUCCCGGGAUCAGCGUGGCCGUAUAGAGUUACGGUGGAGGCCCCUCCCCCUGUCUGGCUCGCUCUUUUUUCUCAACCUCUUGGUUGGCUUUCCGAGAGGGCUCGAUCCUGCUCACGCUCAGACCGCUGAGAAAUAGCAGGCAGAAGAUGGCUGACUCGACCGGGCACAGUGAGCCCGCAACAGCAGCAGCAGCAGUACCACCACCAGCAGCAGCAGCAGCAUCAACUUCACUAGGGCUUCUCGCGCGCCUGCCAUUCGCUGCCACCCCGCAACUCUGAAACGGCCCCGCCUCGCUCCGUGCCGUGCGCCCGCGGGGUUUUUACCCCCAAAUAUUGACAGAGAUUUAAAGAAAACAUGGCUGAGAUGGAGAAAGAGGGAAGACCUCCGGAAAACAAGAGGAGCAGAAAGCCAGCUCACCCCGUGAAGAGGGAAAUUAACGCAGAGAUGAAGGUCCCGUCCAAUCGGCCCCUCCCAGGGGCGGGGCAGGCAGGCAAUCUCCAUGGCAACUCGCCCUACUUGAUGAGUUUUGCAGAAAACACCAUGAACGAGUUGCUUGGAUGGUACGGAUAUGACAAAGUGGAGUUACGAGACUCAGAUGACAUAGAGAUACGCAACUACCCUGAUGGAGAAAUGCGGCAACACAUCUCUGUCCUGAAAGAGAACUCUUUGCCAAAAGCAUCCACAGUGGAGAACAGCAGUGGUUCUCCUCCACACGCCAACAGCUCUAGCUCUACUCCGACAUCACGGAACGGAGUGACAAGCGAAGCGUCUGUAAACCCCUCCUCCUCUAAAGAGCACGGAGGCCUGCCAAUCAUAGUGCCCUUAAUCCCGCCCCCUCUGAUCAAAGCACCAGCAGAGGAGGACACUUCUAAUGUUCAGAUAAUGUGUGCAUGGUGUCAGAAGGUGGGAGUGAAGCGUUAUUCUCUCAGUAUGGGCUCUGAACUGAAGAGUUUCUGUAGUGAGAAAUGCUUCGCUGCCUGUCGACGUGCCUACUUCAAACGCAACAAGCUUGGAUAUGUGAGGAAUUGCAGUGCCAGAGAGGAGGAGGGCGUUCCACACCACAGCUUGUCCAAAGACACGCCCAGACUUGUCCUCAAGACAAACAGCGAUGUGCUUGUCUGCGAUUGGUGCAAACACAUCCGCCACACUAAGGAAUACCUGGAUUUUGGAGCGGGUGAGAGGCGGCUCCAAUUCUGCAGUGCAAAGUGUCUGAACCAAUAUAAGAUGGAUAUAUUCUAUAAAGAGACUCAGGCCGCACUGCCAGGGGGUCUGUGUAACCCUCCUCACCCCACGAGUGAUACGAAAUCAGAGAGUGGAACAGGUGUACAGCUCCUUACACCUGAGUCCUGGAGUGCACCUCUAAACGAGCUCCGCAGUCGCAAGGUACCUUCACCAGGGGGUGCCACCACUGUAGCCGGACCUUCUGGAUCCACAUCAGGGUCACCAUCUGAAGCCGGAACUGUGUGUUCCUCCUCGUCCUCGUCAUCCUCGUCAUCAUCAUCAACGAAAAUCCCCACACCACGGCCACAUGAAAGCCCUGCGUUACCGCCACCUCCUCCACCACCUAUAGCAGGUUUACAUCCAGCUCUGGGUGUGCCACCUGGCAGCCCGCCAAUGGUCAUGACACCCCGUGGCCCGGUCCCUCUCCCUCUAUUUAUGGAGCACCAGAUGAUGCAGCAGAUUCGUCCUCCGUUCCUACGUCCCCCAGGACCCAACAGCCCUCAUUCCAAUCCCAUGAUUCCUGGCAUUGGACCGCCACUACCUCCUCGGACUUUGGGCCCUCCAUCAAGCCCCAUGCACCGCCCACUCCUUUCCCCCCACAUACACCCGUCCUCCACCCCAACCCUUCCUGGGAACCCUCCAGGUAUGAUGCCCCCUCACCCCGGCAGCCACAUGCCAGCCUUGCCUUUCCCCCCAGUUAACAUGAUGCCAGCUGGACACAUCCCAGUUCCACCCAUUAUGAAUAUUGGCAUGCCUUCCCUGGCCCCCCUAGUGCCACCACCAACAUUAUUAGUGCCCUAUCCAGUGAUUGUGCCAUUACCAGUCCCCAUUCCCAUUCCGGUGCCCAUACCGUUCAGUCCGCAGGCAUCAGGUGACCGACCAGGAAAUGAUGGAACGCUUCCGAAUGCUGCGAGCGAGCGGAGCGAUUCAAAAGCACCGCCGUCAUUUUCUCCCAGCUCCUCCAGAGGGGAAGAGAGGGACUUUCACCAAGACCCUCCCACCUCAAAUACACUCUCGCCAAGAUUUUCCAAACAGAUGGACCAGGGCAGGACAAACAUGGCGGAUUUGUUGGUUAAAACAGAAAACUCUGGUAACAAAAGCUAUGGACACUCCCAUAAAGACACACCAGCAGAUGGAGUCAUUGAUCUAACGACCAGUCGUCGUUCCCGGCAACAGCUAGUGAUCCAGAGGGCUGUAUCCUGUGUGCAGGUAAAAGCAGAGCCCGGUUUAAGCCCACCACCUGCACUUUUAAGUGAAACUGAGGUGGAUGGGUCAGCUGGUACUAGUAUAGGUACGAUAGAAGAUAACAACAGAGACAGAAAUGUUGAAAGCCCAUUGGCUAGUGUGGCUCUGCCUUGUGCUGACCCGUCCUACUGCAGUGGCACGCCGCCACUUUCUCAGCCAAUCAUGUGCAGCACCUCCACUAUUUCUAGCAACACUACCACAGCUAAAACUGAGCCUGGCUCUGCUACUCCCUGCAAUGUGAUCGUUAAUGGGAGCUGUAAUGUGCCUCCAGCAGAGAGUUCGAUCAGAACGCCCCCGUUAGAGCCGCGCCCUCUGGUGGACCCCUGCCGCAGGACUGCUGCUGUGUGCGACGAGCCUGCGGGGGCAGAUCUAGAAGGAGAGGACCUGAAAGAGAACAGCUGCUUGGCCACAGAUAGAGACUUGGCAGGUAAGAGAAGCUCAAAUGACCAGUCUGCCAUUACCGCUGGAACAGGGGAGGACAAACCUCAGAGCCCUGAAGACGCCCCAUCUGGUGAGGACCAUGCUUACGCCCUGCCCCUAAUGCCCAAACCUGGCUGUGUCAUUCAGCCCGUGCCCAAACCUGCUGACAAAACUGCUGCCAUCUUGCCCUGUGGCUUGACAGCCCCAUUAACAGGAACCGUUCCAAUGGAAAUGGAGCCUCCGCUGAAGAGAAGGUGUCUGCGUAUCCGCAAUCAGAACAAGUGAAAUGGAGGACAGAUAUUAACAUCUCACCAAAGGGAUAAAGAGGACUGCACUACAGCAGAGACCAUCAGCUGUCCACAGACUCCACAAUCCAGCCAAUCAAGAUGUCAGCCUUGUUUUCUCAACCUUUCCAAACCCGCACAUACACGUUCUGACUUAAUAUGCACACAGAUCAUCCGGAUUGGGCAGAAGUCAGCUCUAUCUCCACCCCUUUCGGCUAAACAAAGACUGACACAAAGUGUUAAUCUGAGAAGUAGAUCGGCUGUGAUGUUUGACCUCACUUGCGAUGUCUUCAGGCAUAGUCUGUUCUCAGUCUACUUGUUGAUGAAAGAGAUAUUUCCUAUCCUCUUCACUCGACCCCUCCAUCUAUGUCUUGUUGUUGAGAGGACUUUCCCCCUACUGGUUGGAGGCGGUAUCGCAGUGCAAGUCUAUGGUGUACAUAUAAAGAUUUCCAAGAAGGCGGAGCUUAAUCCAAACACAAUAGGUCUAACAGGCUGCCAAUCAAACAAGCUCAUGAAUAACUGAAAUUGGAACAGGGCCAGUCAAAUCCUGCCACAGAUGGAUGGACCAGUUUUCUGCUUUGUGUGUGCAUUCAAAGAAGCUCGGUUUAAUCUGUCUGUACGUUUGUGGUCUGAUGCUAGCGAUUCAAUAGCUUCAGUUAGAAAGACUAAUACAGAUGCAGAGCCGCUUUAAAAGAUGGACAGAAAUCUCUCUGAAUAGUCUCUCCACUCAAAUAUUUCUCUCGCUCUCCCCCUCACUUCCUCUGACUAUGUGUAUCAGUAUCUGCAACACCAGCAAAACACUCUGUAGUCUUUCUUAACCUCUUUCCUUUCUCUCCUUUCUGAUGGAGAGGUGUUCUGGAACUGGACACCAAAAAAAGACAGGAAGAGAGAAAUGUACACAACCUGGAGGGAGUACAAAAAUCACAGCGGGAGCACAAAAACAGAAGGAUGGAGUGAACUUUCAUUUCAUCCCUGGGAAGAUGCUGGAAACUCAUCCACCGUUGGAGAUUCGAAGAUAAGUAGUCUGCACUACUGGAGAAAAGUGUUGAUGGAUUGUUUGCUGGUUUAUUGUGCAAUGAAAAUUCAUUUACUCACCGAUUUGACUUGAGGAUUACAGGGUACAGACCUCACCAAGCAUUUUGGCGAACUGUUAAAGUGGCUGCUAGCUUUGUGGCCAUUGGCUUGGAGACUGUCCCACCCAGUCUGUUCAAUCACACGCGCUCAUUGCCAUGCUUCAUGGCUCAACCAAGAGUCUUGUCUAACACUGCUGGUGGGUUGUGUACACACUGUCCUGAUGUAUCAGAUGGCUGGAUUGAAAUCUGUGUCCACAGGGGCAUUUGGGUUGGAUUUCUCAUUAUUUAUAUCAUUAUCCAUCUUAUUGCGGUGCUCUUAUUUAAGAAAAAUCCCUCCUGGGUUUCCUAUCAGAGUACAAUCAAAACCAGUGGAGAGGUCAGUAAGUGUUUCGGCCAGCAGUGUGAGCUGGUGUCAAGGGUGCAUUCCUGAGGUUCAUUCGUGUUUUUUAUGCUUUAUUUUUUGCCAAAUCCCAAUCAGUGCUAAAUUAUGUUCAUCACUUCCUUUCCAGCUACGGUUACAGGAACAGUUGCAGUUAGUUCCAAGCUGCCUCAGAGUUGAGUUCACUUACACCAGAUGCCAAGAACAUUUUGAGUUGGCUAGGUGGACAUAGAGCCAAAAUGAUUUUAGUUACAUAGAGUACUGUAAGAUCUGAACGCAGGGUUAAGCACCUGAGUGCACAGGUUAUUUGUUUUGACUAAAGUGGCGGAGUGAACCUUAAAGCCAAGCGUGUGUGUGUGUGUGUGUGUGUGUGUGUGUGUGUGUGUGUGUGUGUGUGUGUGUGUGUGUGAGAAGAUGUAUCAUAUUUCUGGCCAAAACAGAGUUCAGUUUGACAAAACAUUCAAGUUUGCCAAUUUAUUUUGGGAGAAGUUCUAAAAUUCAAGUCAAAAAUUUGUCCUGCAAGGUGAUAGAAAUCACAAUGAGGAUAAAAUAACAAAUGACCCAGAUGGGUGAUUUGAAAAUACUGAUGAAUACACUAUGAAUGCCAGAAAUUGUAGACCUAACCAUUUCCUUUUCCAUGCAAACAAUUUUUUUGAGAGCGGAAUUUAAGAUAAGACAGUUGUUUUAUUUGCUUGUUUUUUCUUUGCCUUUUUUACUGUUUAUUUACCUUUUCUGUUUUGCUUUUGUUUACUUUUUGUUUUAUUUUAUUUUCUUUUUAUCUUUGUUUCAUUUAUGUUUUCUGUUUUUAUUUAGUUUUUCUUUGUUCUUUUUUGUUUUCUUUUGUUUGCUUUUUUGUUCUUUUUUGAUUUUAACUGUCCAACACUGACCCAAAUAUCCCCUCUCUUGCCUUCAACCUUUACCACUCCUCUCUUGCUCUUUUCCCCCCUCUUUUUUUCCUCUCUGCUCUUGGACGAUGUACAAAGAGGAGUGCAAUCCUACCCUAUCCCUCUGUACUUUUUGCUGCAGGAUUCAGUUUCACAGUGGUAUAUUUUUUUUAAGAGUAGGCUCAGAGGUCUAAUUGUGACUGGUUAGAGUAAGGACUUGAUUUCUCUCUGGGGUUUGUACGUGGUGGAGUCUCAUUCCAGUGUCAGAUUUAAACACACACACAUUCCUGUGUCAGAUUUAUUUUGUCAGUCCUGAUACGGCUGGCUGACCCUCCGUCUGGAUUGAGGUGUUACAGAGAACAGAUUGAUAAAAGGGCAAAAAGCACAAACGCACACACCCAAAGUACACGGUCAGUCACUGUGUCUGGUGUGUUUAUGAGUGCAAAGGAGAAACAGUGAAUCUCAGUGUUGAUCUGAGAUUCUUGAUACUGUGUGUGCGGUGUAACCAAAUGUACAUUACAUGUCUGGAUUGGUCGUGAGGAGCCAGCAACAGCAUCAUAUGUCGCUCUCAUUAUUGACUCAAAUUUCCUCACUUUUUCCCUCUCUCUCCCUCCUCCUCUUUCAUACUCAGCCCUUUUACUUCUCCCUCCUUAUUUGUUUACUUUUACUUCUCUAAGUUAGUAUUUCAAAUACUCCAUAGUGAACUCUACCUAUGGAAGCCUGUUUUCACAAUUAAAAAAAUUAAUUGUGCAAUAAAGUUUAAAAUAAAAACAUAAAUCACAUUGUGAGAUAUAAAGUUACAAUUAUGAGAAAUAGUCGCAUUUGAUGGGGCUGUUUACACGA